CGCAUGCGCAGUGACGCCGGGCCUAGUGAUGGAGGAUGUUCUGGAGGAAAAUCAGCGGAUUGUGAAGACUGGGCGACGUGCCAGACAGUCCCUUGAUACAUCACAGGAGGAGACUCGCUUGAGCCACAAAGCACCUUCCAGCAGCACUGGGCCAGAGGGUCCUACAAGCAAACCUGCACGCCGUCAAGGAGGGUGGGCAGAUGAUACCCCUCGUUCAUCCAAGUCAGGACGCAAGGGAGCAGAAGAGAUCGAAGAUAGCCGCCUGCGGCCCAGGAGCCCGGUACACUCGGAUGAUGGCGGAGAUAUUCCUGUGAUCCCAGACUUGGAGGAAGUGCAGGAAGAAGAUCUGGCCAUGCAGGUAGCAGCCCCACCCAGCAUUCAGGUGAACCGAGUAAUGACGUAUCGAGACCUGGACAAUGACUUAAUGAAGUAUGGAGCUUUCCAGACACUGGACGGUGAUAUUGACCUGAAGUUGCUGAGCCGUGUGCUGUCAGCUGAGCAGGACGUCAGGGAGGAGGAUGAAUCAUGGAGCUGGGACCAUUUGUUCACUGAGGUAUCCUCUGAGCUCCUGACUGAGUCGGAGGAUGGAGCUGGCCAAGAUGAGGAUGAAGCGAAGCUGCUGUCUGCACCAGCCUGACACAACCAGAGCCACACUGUGCACCUCUCAGCCCACCCUCGUCAUGGGUUGAUGGUCCUUCGUUUGUCCCGGAUGUUAAUAUCGGGAAGUCACACAGCACCAGGUUAUAGUCCAACAGCUUUAUUUGAAAUCACAAGCUUUCAGAACGCUGCUCCUUCAUCAGGUGACCUGGCUACACCUGACAAACACAUGAAGAAAGGGCAGCUCUCCGAAAGUUUGUGAUUUUCAGAUAAACCUGUUGGACGAUAACCUGGUGUCAUGUGACUUCUGACCUUGUCCACCGCAGUGCAACACCGGCCCCUCCCCAUCCUGGAUGUUAAUGAGAAAUUUCCAGAGCAUGUAAAAUAGAGCUUGUUUCCAUAACUCUUA